UAGUUUGCUGGUCCCCGCGUGCUUCACUAAGCGUGCAGAUCUCGCCAACGAGGAUUUUAAGAAGUUGACAGACUUUUCUAUAAAUCUAUGAUAUGGGCCAACCAUGUGAGAAUUGUUUGUACUGUAAAUUGUAAAUAUUGUAAAUAACGUGGCGUGGACAUAGGCACUUGGUAUUUCAAAUGGGUCGUGUAGUGAAAGACGUUGAGAAUGGUGGUUCAAAUGUUACUGGAAACGUUACACAGGGAAUGGAGAGCAGAUUAAACUGCAUAAAAAAUAAACGUAGGCGCCGGGAGGCAGUAAAAAAAGUUCUACAAGCGAAAAAGAAGCUAAAGAAGGAUGCCCGCAAGCAGAAGAGGAAGGGGGUGGAGGCCCGGCCCCGCCAGACGCCCCGCACCCUGGAGAGCACCCGGGAGAAGGACCCGGCGAUGGUGGACGCUCUGGGAGACAGCGAGUCGGAGGAGUACCAGUACUUGCUGGCACACGACGAGUUCAGCUCGUACUACAACAAGACGUACGAGCCGCGGGUGGUCGUCACGUUCAGCGACAACCCUCACACGAAAGUGCGUCGCUUCGGCCGUGAGCUGUGCCGCAUCAUCCCCAACUCCGUGUGCUUGAAGAGGAACCGUGCCAGCGUCAAGAAGAUGGUGCAGAGCUGCACGGAGCGCGGCUACACGGACGUGGUCAUCAUCAACGAGGACAGGAAGAUACCGAACGGCCUGCUGCUGAUCCAUUUGCCCGACGGGCCGACUGCCAACUUCCGGCUCAGCAACGUCAAGCUCAUGGCAGAGCUGAAGAGAGACAAGGAGGUGACGGCUCACCGGCCGGAGGUAAUCCUGAACAACUUCCAGACGCAGCUGGGCACGACGGUGUCCCGCAUGCUGGCCGCCCUCUUCCACUACGACCCGCAGUUCCGCGGCCGCCGGGCCGCCACCUUCCACAACCAGCGCGACUACGUGUUCUUCCGCCACCACAGGUACGAGUUCACGGAGACGGGCAAGGUUCGUCUGCGCGAGCUGGGCCCUCGCUUCACCCUGAAGCUGCGCUCGCUGCAGAAGGGAACCUUCGACUCCAAGAUGGGCGAGUACGAGUGGAUCAUCAGCGGCCGCCGCCACGAGAUGGAGACCAGUCGACGCAGGUUCUUCCUGUGAGGCCCGGUCGCAGUCCGGCCGCCACCUCUUGUUUCGUGUACUCUCUGGCAUUUCCAGCAGAUUAUACCUCUUCUUGUUCCCAGUGUGUUUCAACUUUUUAUUUGUUUUGGAUGUAUUUUAUAAUGGUUACAGUUAGGAAUGGAUUAAAUUCCACUUUUUUUUUAUUAUUCCGAUCCCGUAAAUUCCUUCGACGCCAGAUUUGAUUCCGAUUCUAAUUUUCAGUUAAACUUUCAUUCUAAAAGAUUUUAUGGAAAUUCAAGCAGAAGGUAACCUAAAGAAUAACACUUACGAAUUCUAAAUAUAUGUACAUUUUAUGAAAACUUUAAUUUGAAAAGCUUGCAAGUAUUUAUUAAUUGAAGUAUUUCUGUUUUCCCAACCCAUUCUCCUUUUAAAGACACCAACACCAUGUAAGUAACCAAUAAUAAAAUAAUCAUUUCUAGCCUACAACUGAUAAAUUCUGUUAGCAUCUGUUCAGCCACUGUGGUUCUCCAUCAACAAAUAUGUACCAAAUACAUAACAUAAGUUAUUAAAAUCCAUGAUUUUGUGUUCUGGUGAAAUUCCUCUCUCCUGUCAUGAUUGUUAACAGUCCUGAUUGUUGUGUUUCAAUUGAUGUAUGUCUGUGAAUGUUUAAAUUGAAGUUAUACACUAACUGA